UGAAGAGAAUACAGAAGUAGAGGCGGGGAGAAGCGAGAGAGGAAGGGAACGGAUCGUCAAAGAAUAGCGACGCCGAUGCAGCGGAGUGGGUGUUGAUCUUCGCGAGGAAGAAUAAGAAUCCCCUUUGUUUCUUUCUCUCGGACGCGGAGACGAGGAAUGCGAAGGACGGAAGCCGGACAGGUUGAAGAAUAACGGAAGGGAAAAGGAUAGGAAAGGAGGAAGGAGAGAAAGAGGCGGUUGAUCUCCGACACUUAGGUCCAGAGAUCUUCCACAGUGGCUCUGGACCUGCAAGUUGAUCAUUAUUUCUUUUGGCCAGAAAGAUGAUGAGGGAUUCGAGUCAAUGGUUCAUCUGUGUACCUUUUAUGGAGGUUGUGCCUCAAAAAUUUUAAACCAUCGAUGAUUAAAGUGCCGCAUGAGUUGUGAUUGCAAAUGUGCAGUUGAUGGUUGUGGAGCUUUCUCAGAGAAUACAGAGUAACAUGGGACUUCAACUUCCAAGACCAAUAGAUCCUCACUUGAAGUGGAAAACAACUGGUAAGGGCAGGCAAAGAGGUGCAAGACGAGCUAGAACUUCAUAUGCUUGGGCCAAUCAGAAAAACCGUAUGGUCAAUAAUUUCAGGAGUGAGGGUAUGAUGCAUAAGGGUCCGAAGAGAGCAGGAGAUAUUUCUGUCUCUGAGUCUGAGAAGGUUGGUGUCAGCAUUCUUGGACGACGCUUCAGUGACUCCCUCAGUAUUGUUCCCAUAAAGAAAAGGAAAAUUCUUUUAGUUAGUUCUCCAUCAUCUACAUUGCAGUCUACUUAUUCAGAUGAUUCUGAUCACUUACUAGAAAGCCAGCUUGCUUUUUAUCUGGAAACUUUAGCAUAUGACAAAAAUCAUAACAAAAGAAAUGUUGCUGAUAAGUUGACUAUUUUGGAUGACAUUAAUGAAGAGGCCGGUGAUGUAGAUUUCUCUGGCAUGUCAAUAUUGGCCGCUGCUGCCUGCAGUAGUGAAAUAGUGAGUGACACCUUAAACAUUGGAGGUAUUGUUUCAAACGGAUAUUCUUAUAAAGAAGAACUUUUAGAAGGCACACAAGGUGCCCAAUCACAUUCCUUAUAUGAAGAUAAAGACCGGCAAUCUGAAUCUACUCAAGAUUUACAAGAAAAUUGUAACAUCCCUGUGGAAGAAUGUUCAGAAUUCAAACCUACCGAUGAUGAUAAUCUCCAAGGGUCAGCGAGCAAAAAGAACUUCACAGUUUCAUUGCAAAAUGAUUCUGAUAAGAUAAGAUCCUCUGUCUCUGAUUCUAGGCUUCAUUGGGACCUUAACACUGCCAUGGAUGCCUGGAGUAGCAAUUUUGAUGCAGCUGUAGUCUCCGAGCCACUUCCAACUGAUCCUGUAUGUGAAAAUCUCAGUCACAAUGAAAAGCUGGCAGAUUUUGAAACUUUUCAGGAUCGAGUUGGAAAUGCAGAGAGCACAUGCUCUACUGGACUUGGUGAAAGCUUGGAAAAUGUGGCUGAUCUCCCAAAGGAUGACUGUGCAUUGCUUAAGUCAGGGGUUUGGGAAAAACCUAAUUCAUGCAAUAAUAAUUCAAUGACUGAUCAUGAUCACAUAAAACGGUGCUGCUCUCUUCCUUAUGGUGAUUGUUUGCUCGAAGAGAAUUUGGUUACUGCCUCCGUUUCUUUGGUCAACUCUUCUGAAGAAACUGAAGUUGUUUACGAUCAAAGAAACAGCCUCUGUAGUACUGAAGUUGUUUCUUCAGUAGCUAGAGAUAUUCUUGGUUCCUUGAGGGAUGCCACUUUGGUAAUUGAAUCUAUUGAUAAAGCAAAGGCUGAUGCAGACACUGGCUUGAUGUCAGAAACUGAAACAUCAUUUUGUCUUUUGCCUUGUAGUGGGAAUACCAGCUCUGACUUCCAUAAUGAUGCACAUAAUCCUCAUCUGAAUUUGGUACAAUCAAUCCAUAAGCCAAUCUCCGAUGAGAAACCAAAUAUAGUUGCAUCCAAUACUGAGAGCAGCUCUGAUGAUCAUUCUGUGGCUAAUGCUGAAGUAGAACAGCUUAUUCACAUAAGCAUCUCUCAGAUUGACGAGCAUAGAGUUCUGAAUACUGAUUUAGAGAGUGGUGAUCAGUCUUCUGUCAUUGCUGAGAAAGCAUCUGAUGUUUUGUUUGAUGCAAAUGCUAUCAGCAAUAUGGUGGAAACAUGUCGAUCUGGUGAAAUUGUACAUUGUGAUGACAUUGAUGUCACCAAUGGUCUGCAUGCCGAGGGAUCUUCCAGAGAAGUGGAUGGGAGUCCAUGCCUAUUAAAUGGUCAUCAUCAGAGCAGCUUAGGGUCAUUCUAUCCUGAUGUGUUAUGUUCUAUAAUCACAUGUGUUGGCAAAUAUGAACAGUCUACAACAGAGCUAAAGGUUGACAAUGAUAAAUGUGUUGGGUCUGUGGCACCUAUUUCAGUUUCAGCUGAUAUGACAGUGAAAGAAAUUGAUGUCAGUUUGGUAGAUAAUGCUAUGAAUACUCAGGAGGCAGGCAAAAGCUACAUGGAUUCUUGUGUAAAUUAUUCUGGAGAAGUUGCUUUCAAUGAUCAUAUCCAUAAUUAUGACUCAGAUGCAUCUCAUCUUGAUGCUUGCCAGGCCAAUGGAAUGGAAAAAGUCGACCUUCUGGUAGAUGAGGACUCUCAAUUUGAGGAUGGCAAAUUUAGGGAAUCAGUUCUACAAAGUUGGGGAGAAGAUGGAGCUGAGGAAAGGGAGUCUGCACAUUUGGAUUAUGGCUCUGACAACAGAGAGAAUGCUGUCCUUGAAGCAGUUUCUUGUUUCCCUGAUUCUCUUCCUUCUUCUAUUGAAAACAUGAUGGGUAAAAGCAGGGAUGUGUCAGUUGCUAUUCAUGAUGGAGCAGCUAACAUUAUGAAUAGUUUGUUUGUUGUUUCUCAACCUUCAUUGAAGUGCUUAUCCAAAUCAUCCUCUUUGGAUUCAGGAGAAGGGAAGAAAACUUCUACAAAUAUCGGAAGUAAGGAUUGCACAGGUCAUUUGACAGUGAAGAUGAUUGGACAGGGUGGAUUUCAAGAUGGUGAGAAUAACAGGUGGCCUCCAGCUAGUGUGAGAAUGAAAUAUUCAGGAUGGGAUCAGUUGCCUGUAGCCUGUGUACAUAUUGGAGAUGGCAUGUUGGACACUGGGAUUGGCUCUGUUAAACAAUAUGGUAAAGCUGGUGCUUUGGAUGAAUCUGGUGCUGAUGAAUUGGUGGGAAGAUCUGGUUUGUCAUUCAGGAGAGGCUUCUCAUCCCGAGUUGAGAGGCCGAUGUCCUCAGAUGAGUCACAUAGGCAAGAUAGUUCUUCUGCUAGAAUAACCAGGCGAGAUAGUUCUUCUUCUAGAAUGACCAGAUCUGAUGAUCAUGGUGGUCUAAAUACGAAAGUUGAAAGGAAUACUGGUGCUCCUAAAUCAGUUGGGACGGGCAGAUCAUCUCAGCAUCCUCAAGGGAUGGUCAGAGACAUACAUUGCUUUGAUUCUUCCAAUCAUCAUCGUCCCAAGUGUCCCGGUUCACCUGGUUACUGUGAUGCACCUAGUGUUCUACCUGGAUCAAGGAAUGCGGCUGCAGCAGCUGCUGCAAAGGUGGAGAGUAAUGGCUUUGUUGUUGCACAUGAUGGCACGAUAGCUAAGGCAGGUGGUGCUGGAAAUGCUGGCCUUGUGGUAAGACAAUCUACCAAUGCUUCAUCACAAAGUAGAUGGGGGUCACAAGCUGAGACAGAGCUUGCAUGUGGUGUGCAGAGAAGAUUCAGAAGUUUAAGGGACAUGAGCCCUAACCGGCACUUCAGUGUCAGCAGGAGCCAGGCUGGUAAAUAUGGUCAUGAAAUGGCCAGGGACCGGUAUCACAGACCUGUGCCUGAUGACAGAAUGAACUUAUCACCACCUGUGCACCAUUCAUCUAGGAGAGACAGGAGCUUCUCUCCACACAAAGGGCCCCUUUGUCUAUCUCGUUCUCGCACUGGAUUUCCUUCAAGAUCUAGAAUCCGAUCCCCUCAUCUGUGGACAUCCCCUAGGAGAAGUGAAAUUGGGAUGAAGAAUGUCUUGGGUUAUUCCAGGGGCAGCAGGUCUCUCAGAGCCAGAAUGGAGAGAAUGAGGUCACCCCAUUUACGAUCUAGCGUUGAGGACCCCAUGGUAGGGUAUGGCCCCACAUCGAGAACCUUUGCUUCCCCAUUGCAUCAUUCAAGUUGGCUUGGUGAAAGGAGGGAUUCAUCCAAUCAUCUCAGGGAGCAUGAUUACAGGCGGCGAUCUAGAAGAAGUCCAUCUACUAAAGCUUUUACAAACUCUAAGCUUGACUCGGUGCAUUCACAUGGAAGAUCAGAGCCUAAUGGUCACCAUCAUCAUCUGCAUUCUGGCAAGAUCCCUGAGAUCGCUGGUUUGAGUAGAGGAUAUAAAUGUGCUGGAAGUGAUGAUAGAAUGGGAUAUGGCGAUAGGUAUCAAUCGCUCCGACCUUGGAGCCAAGAAAACACUAAUAGCAAUAAAAAGUUCUUCAGGUAAGAGAUGGGGGUUCCACACUCAUAAAUCUGGACCCAAAUUCUUAUAUCAAAGUGUGGGCCCUAGGGUAUUUGGUAGGGCCCAAUUUUGAUCCAGCUUGGGUAGAACCUCAAAUGAAAGAAAGGUCAUUUUAAUUAUAACAGGUGUGCAAACCCUGGUACCUGCUUCAAGUCCUAUGCAUCAAAGGUUGUGAUGCUCGCUUCUGGGCUCUAGUUCAUGAUCUUGCUUUAAUCACAUGAGAUCAAAGAGAUGGUGAACCCUUUAAAGUUUGUCUCCUUGGAGAGAAAGGCAUCUAGUUUCAGUACUCUAGCUUGUAAAAACAUUACAUUGUUUUGGGCUUAAGGCACAGUCUUUUUUUCGUAAUUCAUUUUUGAGUGGGAUUCUGGCUCACCAAAUUAUGAUCAAUUAACAAAGUUUGAAUCUGUGUCCUUUGGCAGUUGGCAUGCUUUUUGAACUUAGCCACAGAUACCUUUUGA